AUGUUUUGGUUUCUUCUCUACGUCGUCACGCAGGUCAUUCUACUUGGUGCCUGGGUGUCGGGUACCUUGGACCCGUACCAGAAAAGACUGCAGGAAAUUGUCCUGUACAUGAUGGGCGAGACAAAGGCGUCUUAUGCGCUUAAGAAGAGUCUGACUGCCAAGGUCAUCGCCGAAGACACGAAUUUGAGCAAGCUCCAAGAUCAGCUGGGCAACGGAAUUGGGGGAGCUUUCAGCAAGGGCGGCGCUGGUGAAGGAGUUGGAUCGGUCUUGAGCAAGGGACUGUAA